CCUUCAAUUCUUCUCAAUUUAAUGCUACUUGCUAGUAGUAUAUUUUUCACUCUCCUCAAAUUUUCCUACCUUUUCUUUCCCAUCAUGCCUUCCCUCUACACAUAAAUCACACCCCACACUUCCUUUCAACACCUGACCGCUUCUGCUCUCCGCAAUUUCCCCCUUUUUCCCUUCACAUUUCACUCACGCAUUUCAUCGAACACAUUCUCUCAUCGGAUUCAGAAACGCACUGGCUGAAAUCGGGUUAGGGAGCUCAAUUAUCUGUAGAUUCUGCCACAUUUCUUUCUAAUUUUGGCGGUAAAGAUCUGAUUUUUUUCAACAUUGAGCUCAAUAAGUUGAAUUUUGAAGGGGAUUUUGAUGGAUUUGAGCUGUGUGUUGCGUUGAUGGUGAUGGAUUGUUUGAUGAAAUGACAAAUUAAGUGGAUUUUGCGUUGAAGAUUGCUCCUGUGAGCACCAACUGUUUGUAUUUAUUCACUUUUUUGGAGAAUAUAUCUGGUUUUGCAGAGGUGUUGAUGACUAGGCAUAGUUGGUAGCAUUUUGUUUGAUUAUUGAGAAGAGAGAUGGCUGCAAAGUUCUUGCAUUCUUUCAUAGAUGAAAAUCAAGAUUUGCAGAUAGGGUGUAUGAAUGGGAUGUUUCACAAGUUUGAACGUCAACACAUGCUGAGAAACACCACCAAGAGGCUGCCUCCGCGUCCCGGAAGUUCCCACAUCAGUGGUAGUGAUACAUUGCAGAGGGAUUCAAAGUCCUCAUCACAGGAUAAGAAUCAUUACAAAAAUAUGCAAGACCGAGGAAGAUACUCCAUCGAAUCAUCAAUGACAUCUUUCUCAUCUUCAUCCCGUUCAUCGUCGUUCUCUUCUCUAGACUAUAACAAAGCUGCCCGGAUGGAAGCUGGAUCAUUUGACAGAAUGAUUUUUCCCGAAACAACUUCAAGUGACUCGGCUAUGAUCGUGCAAUCCCAAUAUAGGCGACACAGUCUUGACCUUCGAGAUUUGGUGAAGGAGUCGAUUUAUAGGGAAACUCAUGGUUUAUCGAUGAAAGUCAAGCCUACUGAGAGAGCUGCAGUUCCUUUCGUGUCAUCAAAAACCAGUGAUGGUGGCGACAAGACGCCUGCUGACGUCAAGGAAUCUCUGAGAAUUCUCACUAAGCUUCAAGAAGCGCCUCGCUAUACCAAUGAGCCCGGAGCACUUUUUAGAUCAUCGUCCCUUUCAAUGUCAAGAGACGCCACUCGGUUUUCUUAUGACGGAGACAGUUCCAAUUCUUCUGUGAAGCUUAGAGACCUUCCAAGACUUUCAUUGGACAUUAGGGAGAGCUCGAUGCGGAGUGUGGGUGUGGUCCAAGGGAAGGUUCAGUCACGCCCUCCGAGCGUUGUUGCAAAGCUGAUGGGUUUGGACUCCCUACCCGAUUCUGUCUCAUCCGGUGACAGCAACAUGGGCGGCUCUACUAGGAGUUAUCAGGACGAAAGCUUCGUUGAUGCUUCAAGCUCGUUUGAGAAAUCGGAUAAAGCCAAACCAGUUCAAUCGAUGAGUCCCUCAAGGAACUCGUGGAAGGAGCCCAUCUCGCCACGAUGGAGGAACUCUGAUGGUUCAGUGAAACCUGUGUUGCGGCUUCCCAUUGAGCCAGCACCUUGGAAGCAUAACGACGGGACGAGGACUUCCCAGAAACCAGCAUCCAAAAGUGCAAAGGCGCUUACCGUGUUUCCUUCUGUUUACAGUGAGAUCGAGAAGAGAUUUGGAGAUCUCAAGUUCAUGGAGUCGGGGAAGGAUCUUAGAGCACUUAAACAGAUACUGGAAGCCGUGCAAGUAAAGGGACUCUCGGAAACGCCAAAGGGGCUCUCGAGAUCAGCAGACCAGCGAAAACUACCGGCUGAUAAAGUGCUUGCUGUCACAAAGAGAAAGGCCGUUGCUGCACAAAACCACGAGUCUCCUAUCGUGGUCAUGAAACCGGCUAAAUUAGGUGAGAAAUCUGGUAUAUCUGCAGACAAAAGAAAAGGUUCAAACAACGGCAGGGCGAAGUCUAGUGAACGAGAGAGUGCUCCAAAUUCUGUAGGUACGAGAAACAACAGAACUGUAAGGACCACUCAGGCUAAAGAGGCAUCUGCAGGGUCGGGUAAGAUCUCUGGAUCAGUCGGCCCGAGAGUGCAAGAAAAGAAGCUCGAACAGGAGAGAAGGUCUCGACCUCCCACCCCUCCCGAUUCAAGCAAGUCAAGAAGGCAGCCAAACAAGCAACAGGCAGAGUCCAAUUCUCGCGGUGGAAGACCACGAAGACCAAAGCAUAGUUCUCCUCAGAAAAGCGAUGAUCAGCUGAGUGACGUCAGCGUUGAAUCAAGAAAUUCAAGCUUCUGUGAAAUUGAAGAUUCUGCUGAGUCGAAUGUCGAAUUAAAUACCUCUGAAAGAUCUCCAGGGGCAACCGGUUUCGAUAGUUCAUCUUCAAAGGUUGAAUCUGGUUAUGUUCCUCCCGAGUUCUCUAGCCCCAUCUCGGUUCUUGACAAUGCAGCGUUCGCACACGACUCUCGUUCUCCUGUGAAGUACACAGGGAAGACCCUCAAAGUUAACGAAAGGGAUUCGAACGAUGUGGAACGGAGCUCAACGGAGAGCUUCGUUUCCAGCUCCACGGAAUCUGGCUCUGCAUUUGACUACAUGAGGGAUAGACUUCUGAACAUUGAUAACUUAGUUCAGAAGCUCAGAAGGGUCAACUCCAGCCACGAUGAGGCGCGGACAGACUACAUCGCCUCGUUGUGUGAGAACGACGAGAACCUGGACCACAGAUACAUCUCCGAGAUCUUACUAGCUUCGGGCCUCCUCCUUCGGGACCUUGGCUCAAACCUGACAGAUUUCCAGUUUCAUCAAUCCGGCAAUCCCAUAAACCCCGAGUUGUUCCUAGUCUUGGAGCAUACAAAGGCGAGCGCUUCAUCCAAAGACGAGUCUUUCAAAUCAUCAACCCGGUCCUCAUUGGACACAAACAAAAAGCUGCGGAGGAGAUUAAUAUUUGAGGUUGUCAACGAGACUCUCGCAAGAAGAUUGGGUCCGGAAUCGAAGCCUUGGCAGAGCCCGGUUAAGCUAGCAAGGAGGGCGUUGAAUACUCAGAAUCUGUUGAAAGAACUGUGCCGCGAGAUUGAAGAGCUCGAGACGAGGAGUCCAGUGUGCAGUUUGGGUGAAGAGGACGACGGGUGGAAAGCCAUUUUCGGCCACGACCUGCUGCUUCGGUCGGAUAACUGGAUGAGCUUUGAUGCUGAUGUUUCAGGGGUCGUUCUCGACAUUGAGCGCCUCGUUUUUAAGGAUUUGAUCGAUGAGAUUGUGCAUGGAGAGGCUGCCAGCUCGAUCGCCAAACGAGGUAGCCGGAAACUCCCUGCAAAGUGAUUUGCAUCCUUGAGCUUGCUGGUGUUCUGCAUUCUCUACCUUACACAAGAACUUGGCAUAAUGGAAUGUAGAGAUACAUUGAUUUUAAUUGAUUAUUAUAAUGAAGACUAACUUUCAACUUCAAA